CAGCCAUGUUAUAUACCAGCACGUCAGGAGCUCAUGGCCGGGAACACGGUCACACGCACAACACAGCGUUGUGGCCUCUGAGUGAGAACUGAAGUAACAAAGGUGAAGCGAGCUUGCUAGGGAGUAUAAGCCAUGGAGAUCGGGUCGCUGGCGCCGGGUGAGAGGCCGCACGCCGUGAUGAUCCCCUACCCGGCGCAGGGCCACGUCACGCCGAUGCUGAAGCUGGCCAAGCUGCUCCACGUCAGGGGCUUCCACGUCACCUUCGUCAACAACGAGUUCAACCACCGCCGCCUGCUGCGCUCCCAGUCUGCCGAAGCGCUACAUGGCCUGCCGGGGUUCCGGUUCGCCGCCAUCGUCGACGGCCUUCCGCCGUCCGACCGUGAGGCGACGCAGGACGUCGUCGCGCUGUGCUACUCUACCAUGACCACCUGCCUCCCCAGGUUCAAGGAGCUCGUCGGCAAGCUCAACAAGGAGGCCGGGGCCUCCGGCGGCGCGCUGCCGCCUGUCACCUGCGUGGUGGCCGAUAGCUGCAUGAGUUUUGGCCUUCGAGCGGCGCGGGAGCUCGGCCUCCGCUGCGCCACGCUCUGGACCGCCAGUGCCUGUGGUUACAUGGGUUACUGCCACUACAAGGAUCUACUCGACCGUGGGCUCUUUCCUCUCAAAGAAGAGGCGCAGUUGAGCAAUGGAUACUUGGACACGACCAUCGACUGGAUACCGGCGAUGCCCAAGGACAUCCGGCUACGUGACCUCCCGACCUUCUUGCGUGCCACGGAUCCCGAUGACAUCAUGUUCAACUUCUUCGUCCACGAGACGGCCGCCAUGUCGCAGGCCUCGGCGGUGGUCAUCAACACAUGGGACGAGCUCGACUCACCCCUGCUCGACGCCAUGUACAAACUCCUGCCGCCUAUCUACACAGUGGGGCCGCUCCAUCUCACGGUCCGCAACAACGUACCGGAGGAGAGCCCCCUCGCUGGCAUCGGAUCCAACCUGUGGAAGGAGCAGGACGCGCCCCUUCGGUGGCUCGACGGCCGGCCGCCACGCUCCGUGGUGUACGUAAAUUUUGGAAGCAUCACGGUGAUGUCCAAGGAGCAUUUGUUGGAGUUCGCGUGGGGGCUGGCCAAUACAGGCUACGCCUUCCUGUGGAACGUACGGCCUGACCUCGUCAAGGGUGACGACGAAACCGCACUUCCACCGGAGUUCUCUGCGGCGAUAGAGGGGCGCAGCAUGCUCUCGACGUGGUGCCCGCAGGAGAAGGUGCUAGAGCACGAGGCUGUAGGGGUAUUCCUCACGCACUCCGGAUGGAACUCAUCACUUGAGGGCAUCUGCGGAGGCGUUCCGAUGGUGUGUUGGCCCUUCUUCGCGGAGCAACAGACUAACUGCCGCUAUAAGUGCACGGAGUGGGGCAUCGGGAUGGAAAUUGGGGACGACGUGAAAAGGGCCGAGGUGGAAGCUAUGAUACGGGAGGUCAUGGAGGGGGAGAAGGGGCGGGAAAUGCGAAGGCGCGUGAUUGAGCUCCGGAAGACUGCAGUGACCUCCGCACGGCCUGGUGGAAGGUCCAUGCGCAAUGUUGAUAGGCUCAUCCAUGAGGUGCUGCUGGCUUGAAAUGAGUAAAUUAAAGUGGUAAAUAAAUGGUUUGGAGAGCCUGAAGCGCUAGCAACUCAUCUGUGUUGCCACUUCUUCUCCUGGUCAUCGUCGUCGAUGUUGGUCAUGUUGUUCACAUGCUCACGACAAAAUGAUCAAUCUUGGGCCAAUGAGCGUGGUCAUCACACUCUAGCACAGGGCUUUCAUGAGCCCCUCCCUACACCGACUUGUAAUUCUAUGGAUUUGUAAUGAUGAGUGGGCACCGCCUCCGUCUCAUCUACUAUAUAAUACCCGUAUGUGUUGCUACCAACGAAAAAGUAGCACGCUAUAAAAUAUA